AUGGCCCGGCUCGGCCCGGCCCACGUGUUUUACAGCCGUUGGGCUGGGCCGUACUGCCAAAACGUGUCCAAAUGGCCCACGUCGAAGACGAACUCUCACGGGCCGACGUCCUUGGCGCGCGGCCAUGGCCCAUGGGUAAGUAAGAUACGAGGGGGCCGAAGCAAUGUGCGGCGGAAGUUCCCGGACGACGACACGACGGCCGGCCACCGUACAAAGCUUCUCAGCAAAAUAUCCUCCCCCUCGAAAGCCACCAGCGCAGCAGCAGCGCAGAGCCAUUCGCUCGCCAUGGCUGCCGUGACCACCGCCUCCUCCGCCAUCUGCCCCGGCUUCAGCAGCAACCCCCGCCGAGGCCACGCGAAGCCGCGGAGAUCCACGGCCUGGGCCUGCCAUUGCCGCCGCUCCCCUGCCCUGCGCGAGCAACAACCUACGGCGGCCGUUGCCGGGACGGCGGAGGAGGGGCUCAGGCGGAGGGAUGCCCUGCUCGGCGUCGUCUUCUCGGCCGGCACGGCGACGCUGCUCGCUAGUCCCGCCGGUGCUCUCGCCGAGGCCGCUGCCGAGGUGCAGGAGGGGUUCAGCGAGUACCAGGACGAGGCCAACAAGUUCAGCAUCGUGGUUCCGCAAGGAUGGCAGAUGGGCGCUGGUGAGGGCAGCGGCUUCAAGAACGUCACGGCGUUCUUCCCGGACAAGGCCGCCGACUCGAGCGUUAGCGUGGUCAUCACCGGGAUCGGGCCGGACUUCACCAGCCUCAAGUCCUUCGGCGACGUCGACGCCUUCGCCGAGAACCUGGUGACCGGGCUGGACAGGAGCUGGCAGCGGCCUGCGGGGGUCACCGCGAAGCUCAUCGACUCCAGGGCGUCCAACGGCAUGUACUACAUCGAGUACACACUGCAGAACCCCGGCGAUAAGCGCCGGCACAUCGUCUCCGCCAUCGGCAUGGCGUUCAACGGCUGGUACAACCGGCUCUACACGGUGACAGGGCAGUACAUCGAAGAUGACGAGGAGUCCGUCAAGUUCAAGCCUCAGAUUGAGAAGUCUGUCAAAUCAUUCAAGUUCACAUGAAAUGCCUUCAAAACAAAGGUCACAUGAAAAUAAGUACUGCUACUACUUUUGAAUGAAGUACUAUAUCUAAGCAGAGAAGAGAAGGUAUAUAAAGGCAGCUUCCGGUAAUGUGUGCAGAACGAAAUGAACUAAACCUUUGUGAAUGUAAGGGUUGUGAGCUUUGAGAAUAUAUAUGUUUGUCAAUUUUACUGAAUACAUAGCUCUAGACUUAUAGUGUGUUUU